CAGGAUCAAAUGUCUGAACACUUACGGAGUUAUUGAUGUUGGGGAUUUAUUUGCCACUACAAUAUAAAAAUACACAAAUAGCUACAAUGCUGGUUACAAAUGUAUUUAAACUACAAGAAGCAAGCGCAAAGCAAUUAAUCAGUUUAUACAAUCUUAUAACAUAGAUAUUGUAUAUUGAACCGCAUUUAGAUGUUUGAUACUUUAACAGUUAUCAUGACCUUGUUCAGUCGGAGAUGUGCUCUUAAUCUUUCUCCUCUAGUCGAGGUUGCAGCUGCGAAGUUGCAUUUGGGACACUUCAAUUCAAAUUAUAAACUAGUUGUUAAUCCUCAUGAAGAAAAUACGGCUAAAAGUGCUUUUGAGAAUGUGACUAGAUGGCUUAUAUUAGCAGAUAUAUUGAGAGGUCUACGAUUAACCUUUGGUAUGAUUUUCAAGGAGCCUGCAACCUUGAACUACCCUUUCGAGAAGGGUCCUCUCAGUCCUAGAUUUCGUGGUGAGCAUGCUCUACGUAGGUACCCUAGUGGUGAGGAACGGUGCAUCGCUUGCAAACUUUGCGAAGCUAUAUGUCCAGCUCAAGCAAUCACUAUUGAGGCUGAGCCAAGAGCUGAUGGGAAUAGAAGGACAACUAGAUAUGAUAUUGAUAUGACCAAGUGCAUUUAUUGCGGAUUUUGCCAGGAAGCGUGUCCAGUGGAUGCCAUCGUAGAGGUAACCAAUUUGUUAUUUUAAAGUGUUCACUAUACUCGUAGUAACAAAGAGCAUCUGGCUGGUUCUCUGGCCUGCAUACCAAUUUCCCAUUAACGUAUCUUUGAAUUUAUUCUAUUGCUUAUCAGUUCACAACAGCAAAAUCCAAAUCUACUAGCAAAUAAUUAGUAAUACUUUGUAAACGUUUUAAAUUAAGAACCAAUAGUUGACUUGUAGAAUCUCCCUAGUGAAUCAACCGUUUCAUAUUUUCACUUUCGUAGUUAUUCAGUGUCUGACGUAGCGAAUACUGAAUUUUACGGUUCGUUUACUAAGCCCUGAUAUUUUUACACCUUCAUAUUCACCUACAAAUUUUGAGUUAAACAACAUGAUGUGGCCAAUGCAAGAGUGAUAUCCAUACCGUCUCGAGCAACAUAUAAGCGCUUACUAGUGUAUUACUAAAAAUGAUAGAACUUCCACUCUACCCUUUGGUAAUUGUAAAGCACUAAGAAAUUUACACACAAAACAAUGUAUGGCUAGUUUAAUAGAUCUUUUGACCCUGCGAAUCGGCCACUCAACUUGUACAGAUUACAUCAUGAACCCAUUUUCAUCUUUGCUGACUUAGUGAAUUAUCCAUUUAUGAUCCUAUUUGUUACAUCUUUAUUUCACAUUCGUUUUGGAGGUGACUUCAAAAUGCUAUUGAUAGUUUCACAUUCAACUUAAGUGCCGAGUAAGCCGCGUCCACUAAUCAUAUCCUUAAUCUCAAAAAUAAAAUUGUCAAGAUGUCAGUUUAUUCGAUGUGUUUGAGAAAAACCGUUCAUAUACUCGGAGAUUCUUUGUAAAAUUAAAACAGGAGACUAGGUAGUUUUGAGGGCAGACAUCAUGCUUCAGGUCUCGGUUUAAUCCGUUUUUCGUCGGCAUAGAUAAUCAGUAAAAACGAAUGUGUUUAAAAUGAUCACUCUCGUAUGAUCACCUUAAGGUUUAGCAAAUUCCAAAUACCUUUUUCCUGUGUAACGUCUAAAAUACUGCUGUAAAACGACUGUGUUUCAAACUCUACGAACCUAUCACGACAAAAAGAUUUCUAUCUCUUUAUCUAAAAUCAUUGUGACUAACUCAAUAAAAUGCCUUUGAGCCCCUAUAUCUAGUCUUAAAUAAUCAUGGUCACUCGAAAUUUUCCCACUAACUUCGGGGAUGGGUGAACGAAACUGCAUAGUCAGUUUUUCAUAGAUGCCUUGGAUUUAAUUAAGGUGGUCAGCUUAGAAUCUAUUUCUGUUUUUGGGAAUAUCACGAAUUCCUGACUUGGCACUAAAUACUGUUUUAACUACCUUUUACUUUUAAAACUGAUUAUUUAAUUUUGACACGGAUCUGGUUGCUAAGCCAAUUUUCUAUGGUUUUGGUGUGUUAACAGUUACAUGACAUCUUUUGAAAGAUUUUAAAUGUAUAUUGAAUCUUAGAGUCUCUCCAUAUAAUAGGAGUUAUAUGUAAAAUCGAUAAAAGUCAGCUUCUACUCAUUUUUCAGUUCGAGUAGUUGCUAAACGUUUAAAGUGAAGUUAGACAGUUUUAUAAAACGUGUGUGUAAUUCAUCCUAAUUACUAUCAAAAUAGAACUUUUAUAUCAAUCACAUGAUAAUUAACUGUAUUAUGUUUUUGGUAUGUUAAAAAUAAGGUUGUUCACGUUAGAUGUAAAGACGUUCGUACAUUCAUUGGGUUCACUAAUAUUCAGAUACUCAUCUGUUUAAGGAAAAUGUUACUCCUUCAUAUUUCACUCUAAUCAUCAGAAUCACACUGUCCUUAGAUGUCCUGGUACGGCCUGGGAUAGGAAGAAUCAGCUGUCCCUCUCGAAAUGCUCUCAUAUGGCCACGCGUAUAUAGCAUCUGCCAGGGAAGUC